CCCUCCACCGCCUCGACCACCGGACUGGUGGGAGGAGAGCCACUUUAUACAUUCCUCCGGCGCCGCGCAUGAAACCCUCGAGUCGACUCAACUCGACGCCCGACAGCCUUCGCGCCUUCGAACCCUACGUGCGGCUUAAGCGAUGAUACUCCGCUUUCUCGGGAGCACUUUGUUCCUGUUCUCCAUCGUCUUCACCAUUCCACUCGCUUUCGAUGUCGGUGGUCGCACGUGCGGCCUGGCCUUCAGUCUGAGCCUGGCAAGCUACUACUUCUUCUUAUCAUGUCUGCGAAUUGCUACGCCAGAACGAUCGACAUGGAGGAGGGCUGCAGUCAACACCAUCUCAGGCUUACAGACGCUGGUGAUACCUUUCUUGCUGAUCUGGAGCUUGAACAAAUUCAGCGUGGACGCUGGGGACGACGCGAGCUGGGUGAGCCGCGCAUUCUACAACGCAACCAAGCCAUUGCACCAAAAUGCUAGCUUCAAGGACUGGGUCUUUGGGAAGGAAGGGCUGCUGGAGCAUGCAUUGAUCGGAGGAUGGGACAAGGUGCUGAGAUAUUCGACGCCCGUCUUCCAGCUUACAGAAGGCUUCUGCAGCUUGCUGGUCAUUCAAGCUGCUGGCCAGGUGACGAGAUACCUGGUAAACAACGGCGAUGGGGGAGAUACCUGGAUGUUAGGUCUGCUCGUGCCCUCCGGCAGCAUCAUUGCCAGUUCCAUCUACUUCAUCUACCGCAUGUCAACUUUCCCAGGACUGGACAGCCAGGACGCUAUCCUGAUCGGAAUCGCCAUUGCCAGUGCAUUCUUUCUCUGUGCUUGGGGCAUCGGAUCUGGACGGGGCAACAUUGUCGAGAGCAGUCUGCUGUUUGCAUACAUCACUCUCUGUAUCUACCAAAUCUUUACCGAUUACCAACCCAGCCAUCCCUUGCCAGAGACGCCUGCAGCAUCCGAAGCUGGAGAAUUUCCACCUCUGCCACCAAUCCUCAUGGCCAGCUAUUCGACCAUCACACAAGCGCUCUCGUCUCUUCCAAACACCAUUCACUCGGCCUUUGGAUUCAUGAUGGCUGCCAUUCAGACGGUCACGCCUUCGGUCAUCAUCUCACUGAUAUACCGCUUGCUGGUCCUUUACGCAGCAGCACGAAUCAUCCCAGCUGUCCGAGAGUCUGGGGCACGAGCACUUGCCGAAGAUCCUUCAUUCGAGGAGUCAUCCGAAGGUGUGCAGACCUUGAUGGGUUUCUUGACCUAUUUCAGCCCUAGCAUCUUGAUCGCGGUUUACACAAGUUUACUCAUGCAGCACUUUUCGAGCGCUGCAGCCGAUCAUCCAGGCGAAUGGUGGACUAGCCAAGGUGGCGAAGGUGGUGGAAAUAUUUCACGCUGGGCCAAUCUCGCUGGAGUCAUGGCAUUAUAUGCUGUGGAGCUGUAUCUCGGCAAAGACCACGAUGAUGGACUGACAAGUCACUGGAAGCUGGAUUGAGGGACAGCACUAUGGAACCGUGUGCAUUUUGACUCGGAAUGAGAAUCUCCAAUGUCCAGACAGGGCGGCGGCGGCGGCAAAUUGUGUGUCGGUUCUCCCAGAGGUCUGUAUCGGCGGCCACGAUCCCGAGGUCUAUGCAGAUUCAGAAGCCAAGGCGGACGCGGUGGCUUCUCCUGAUCGCUCGUCCGAUGGUCGUUUGCGGCGAAGGAGAGAAUAUUGGAUGAUUAUGUCAAUCCGAGCAUUGCUUGGUGUGCUACAUCAACACACUUGCAUCCUGGCCUUCCUAUACGGGAGCAUGCCACCGGCAGAAUUUCUACAGCAUCGCGGAGAGGGAGAUGCUGUUAUAUCUCAUUUGUGACGUUGACGAAAGGGGAGAAGGAGCGCGAAGGCGAAGGCGGAAAGAGCGGCGGGUCGGAGGAAGGCAGACUGACGAACAGAUACCCCAAGCACAGCAUUUCAGCAUUUGCGGUGCAAACGCCAGGCUAAUGUUGAAUGCAACACGGCGAGUACAAUUGUGGUUAAGAAAUUUGAUUAUCUUUCCAA